AUGACAAACCCUCCGGUUUUCAAGAUUCUACUCCAGGAAUCUAAUUUAACACAAGCCCCUCUCUCUCUCUCGUUAUCCAUUUUCUUCCAUGGACGACCUCCCUUCUCCUAUUGUAGUAGAAAUCCUAACACGACUUAACGAUUCGACCGACCUUGCUCGCUGCAAACUCGUUUCCAAGACAAUAAACACUCUCUCUGAACAAGUCCAAUCCAUCAACCUCCAUUGCUCCUUCGGCCGAUACACCAAGUCUCGCGAUCCCCAAACGCGAUCUUCUAUAACACCCUUCAAGACCAUCUUCAAGAACCUCCUACUCAAUUCAAGAAACGUUGUUUCUGUCUCGUUCGGGGUCGACACGACGCUUCGAUCGGUGUCGUACGAUGACGUGGAGGACGAGGACGAUGAUUUGCAUAUGACGGAUAUGAAUUUUGUGAUGGAGUGGUUGCCGAGGGUUUGUGGAAAUUUGCGGUCGAUUUUGAUCUCUGAUUUUUGGAUUCAGUCCUGUUGGAGACGGACCCACGUUUUGGGUUUGCUUUCAUCAUACUGUCACAGUCUUACUGAGCUAGCAGUUAAAAGUGCUUGGUUGUCAGUGGAUGGUUUGAGUACAAUGCCUACGCUUACUUGUUUGACGCUUGAAUUUAUAAGACUAGAUGAUGAGAACCUAAACAAGGUGAACGAUUGCUUCCCAUCAUUACGUGUUCUUAACUUGAUAGGGGUCGGAGGACUUAAAGAACCCAAAAUUCAUCUGUUGCACCUUAAAAGAUGUCAAUGGACAAUGUCUAAUGCUCCCAGGUUGGUGACUAUAAUAGCCCCCAACCUUGUCAAACUCAAACUCCAAUGUGUGAAGCCAAGAGCACUCAUCAUUGAAGCUCCAUUGCUGUCUGAUCUCCACAUUUCACUUGAGAAGGCAAGUGACUUUAGAGUACAGGAGUUUUGUAAUCUGAAAAAUCUUCAGCUUGAAUCUACUGAUCUCCACAACCUUCUUAGCACACUUCCAUUUGGUAGAACAAUCAAAAAUCUAGCAGUAGAGUCACUUAAAAGGGUAGAUUCUAUUGAAAUGGAAACCCUUGAGGUAUUGUUCCGUAAAUUUCCUGAUUUGACUUCUCUUACAUUUGGCCCUGAGGCUUGGUCACAGCUGGAGAUGGUUUUUUGGCGACAAAGUUUGAAGAUUACAGGUCAGUCAAAGGGAUUGAAAGAUAUUACCGCAUAUUUAGUGUUGUAUGAUGUUGAGUUUACGCUGCAUUUAAUUUUGUUUGUCUUGGAGAAGUACGUUGACUUGUCAGAUAUGGCAUUGCUCAUCCACCGUAAUGUUGAUUCUAAUGAUGCUAUCAGCCUUUGGUCAAGUUGUAUGGCUCAUUGUUCAAGAGUGAGGUGGAGAUGGGGAACAUGGAAAGAAGGAACUCGAGAUGCUUGGAUUUCUGAUGGCAUCUAAUCUGGCUGUCCGAAUUGCCGAUCAUUGGAGUUUGUUAGCAUUUGGAUCCAGUGGAUCUGUUGUGACAAAUUUUUCAUUACCAUUUGUUGUUGACGUUGGAUGUCUAGUAGGUUUUAUAGUCUUAUACGGUUGUUCAUUAGCUUCAAUAUUUACCCUUUACCUGAAAUUUCCAUGAUCAUGUCGAGACGUUAGGUUUCAACCAACCAGUUGUUCAACUCCAAACCCAUGGUGUUGUGCCAGCUUUUCCGUAAAUGUACCCGCAUGUGAAUCUGUUCCAGUGUAUGAUCCAGUUGAAUAAUUGUUCAAAGUGAGGAAUGAAGAACGAAGAAACAAAAAGGUUGUGUGGUUGUUUACCUC